AUGUCGUCCACUGCCUCUGAAUUGCCCUCUCAACAUUCGAAGAUCCUGUCCGAGCCGGUUGUUAUACUGGGUACGGGCGCAGCGGGUCUCAUCCACGCGCAUGUCUUGCUGCAGGAUGGGUUCACGGAUGUUACGCUUAUCUCGCGGGACGAGUCUGUUGGAGGGGUGUGGUCCAAAGAGAGGGUUUAUCCUGGGUUGCAUAUCAAUAAUGUACACGGAGAGUACAGGUUCUCCCCACUCAAGAUGCCUCCACCAGAGAACGCGGACAAGACGGGCGGGAGGCUGCGGGGCGAAGAUAUGUGCGAGUACAUGGAACGCUUUGCGAACGGGUUUCUGGAGGGCAAGGCGAAGUUCGUCAUGAGAACGGAGGUGCUAGACGUUAGAAGGAUAGAGGGUCCGAGUCCAGAGGGGCAUUCAAAUUCUGACGGCUGGAAUCCGUUGAACCCUUGGCCGUGGCAUGUCAAAGUGAAGAAUCUGGACUCGAACGUGGAGGAAACACUUCAUUUCGCUCGAGUCGUACUCGCGACCGGUGGAUGUAGUAACCCGAAGGUUCCUUCCGAGCUCUCGCCGGAGGCUGCUGACUCGGCUGGGUUUGAAGGCCUUGUCUUCCAUGCCUCGGAGUUUGGUGCUCGGUUGGACGAAGUACUGUCUUUGGUGAAACCGACGGGGGACGAAGGAUCAGUUCAGACUAAAGACGGCGAAGAGGACGGUGAGGGAGGGGUAGUCGUCAUCGGAGGUGGAAAAUCAGCGCAAGAGAGUAGUGUCUGCGCGAAGCUUGCGAACGAAGGAAGAAAGGUUACAAUCAUCUUUGAGACUACGGAGGGGUUUUUGGCGACUGUGAAGCCUAUGGCAGAGUGGCAGCGGAAGAGCAGGUUCCUGAGCACUUUGAUGGCGUAUAGCACGCUUCGGACGCGAUGGGAGAGGUUUCUGCACCGAACUUGGUUGGGGAGUAGGCUUACGCAUUUUAUUGUUGGUGAUAUCACUGAGACGUCGUUUAAGGCCUACAAUAUACCCCCAGAUUCUCCGAUGCGACGAACACAUCCCUUUUUCUGGGGUGUAAGGUUGAGCGACGAAGGAGGUGUGCGAGCGAACAGCUACCAUUCUUUGGUCAACGCUGGUCUGAUACGUGUUUGUGCGCCUGCCCGUGCACUGGGGUACUCGAGCAACGGGAAACGCAUCGGCGUUGCGUUGAGUAAUGGGACGGUAUUGCCAGCCAAAGUGGUCAUUCUGGCUACUGGGUACCAGUCCUCGUGGUCGAAGAUUUUCACUCCCGAGGUAGCUGAGGAGAUAGGAAUCGCACGACACGUCCCCACUCAUGACUUCGUCGACGUUUGGAAGUAUGAGUCCCUGAAGAAUGGACCCGAAGCCCAUAAAGAUAGUUGGAAAUGGACGACUUCGAUUUAUAGAGGGAUCGUCCCUGCGCGUAACAUAAUGAAGCGCGACUUUGCGAUUGCUGGUGCUUUGUUUACGGCCAACUUUGGCUAUACGAACGAAGUGGCGGCUCAUUGGGUCUCGUCCUAUUUCCAAGGUGAUAAAAUGAAGAUACCGGAAACGCCUGAAGAGGCCACGGCGAUCUCGGAACGGCAAGCCAACUGGAUGAGGAUCCGGUAUCCCCACAUGCUUUCUUGGGUCAACGAGAGCUAUAGCGGGUCUUUGGAUUUUUGGACAUGGCCUCAGGCUGUGGACGAGAUGUUGGAGGAUAUGUAUUUGCCUUCGCAGAGGAGUGGAGGGAACUGGUUGACGUGGUUGUUUAGACCGAUUGAUUUGAAGGAGAUUGAGAAUUUGGCGGAGGAGAGGCGGAUCGUUCGGAUGGGUGGUGUGGUUUGA